AAUAUCAAAAAAUAUUUAUUAUAGUUUUAUUUAUACGAACCUUCAUCCUUUCGUUUCUUCCUCUUCACACGAUUCAUAUACAACUUGUGUAUUCAAUCGAAUUCAUCGACAAAGCAUACCAAUCAUCUCUGUUCUUCACCGGAUUCAUCAGUGUUGGGACAGACUACUAGACUCUAGUCCAAAUUUCUUUGUCGGACAUGUUGUCACCACAUGGGCUCAAACUUGCGGCGCACAUCAUCUCCACUUAUUUCGGUGAUAUCGUCUGUAAAGUGUGUGAAUGUCUACUACGUAGAGGACCAUUAUCGCAACUUGAAGUCACACGCUUCACGGAACUCACUAAACAGAAAGUUACCGACGCUUUACUUGUGUUAAUUCACCAUAAUUGUGUUCAAGCCUUCACUAUUCAACAACCAGGUGGAUUCGGGGAACCGCCAAAGAUUAUGACUAAGUAUAUGGCAUUGCCCGACAAUAUCAUCCACCACAUGAGGUUCCCUAAGUUCUUAUCCAUCGUCUCAGAUGAAUUCGGUCAAGAUUGUGCGGAGAUUUUCGAAGGGUUGCUUCAACACGGUAGGUUAUCGUUGAAUCAAACUAUGGAUAGAUAUAAGGAUAAACAUAAGGCAAGCGGAGAAAAUAGCAGUGCUACGAAUGUGGUACAUGAAAACUUCAGUAAACUUGCUCAGGCCCGUUAUAUUGAAAGGUGCCCUGCACAUGAACCGUUUCUUGAACCACUAGAGGAAGGUGCAAAGAAACGAGCUAAGUCUAAGAUAGCUGAUGCUACACAAACCUUAGAGGCGCGUGCGUUAGCUGCCGCAGCUCCCAUGGAAUCACAGCGAUUUUUAGUUGAGGCAGAUACAUUGAUCGGUGGGGUCCUUGACGAUGAAGAUAGCAAAAAAUCUUCCAUUACAGACAUUGUUGGGGAAAAGCGUAAGCUAGAAGCUGAAACAGAGAGUUGGGAAACAAAUGAACGUAAAGAAAUACUUUGGCGUGUCAAUUUUGAGGAAUUCAUACGGCGUCUACGCCAUAAGUCAUGUGUUUCCCAUGUGACGGAACGUGUGGAUAGUGUAGCUGGCAUCGUUCUAAGUGCAAUAUUUGAGGCAAGUAGAAAAGACGAAACUAGAGUGAAAACAGAAAAAACAGUUCCGCUUCUCUUGGAAACCAUCUAUGAGGAAGCAAUGAAGACUGAAGAAGGUCGAAGUUUGACUUUAGAGCGUGUUCGGGCCGCCCUUGUCCAAUUGGGCUGCGAACUUCCAACGAUCGGGAUUGAUGAAACAUAUAGCAUAGACUUGAAGAAAAUCAUUUAUCAGGCUCAAGCCCAGGAGGUUGAAUCCAUUGUGCUGAAAAAAUAUGGAAGGGAGGCUUAUAGGAUAUUCAGGUUGCUAUCUGAACGUGAACGGCGUAUUGAGACAGAUAAGAUAUCCAGCACUACAUUCGUUGAAAAGAAAGAUGCACUGAAGAUUCUUUUUCAGCUAUGGAAAGAUGAUUAUUUGAAUCUUGAGAGAGUUGGAAACGAAGCUCAGAAAAUGGAGAUUAUGUUGUGGGAUUUGAAUAAACGUUCCGUUUGGGAACAAGUUUUAGACGACAUGUAUCAUGCUGCGCUCAACUUAAAACUUCGCCUUGUACAUGAGCUUGAUCAUGCACAAGAUUUGCUUCGGGUGCUUAAAGGAAAAAGCUUAAAGGAAGGGGAUGAAGCGGCGAAAAUGCGCAAAAAAGUGCAGGACAAAUGGAAGGUUCUAGAAGCUUCUUUUAUGAUUCUUGAUGAUGCCAUUAUGCUAUUUCAUGACUUUUAAGGUUGAAGUAUGAUGAUAGACAGCAACCAACCCUGCUUUGUUUUUCAUUAUUCAAGGAUGAAGUUUUUGGGAAAUUCUAUGGUUUGGCAUUCUUAUUAUUAUGGUGUCUUUGUUUUAGAAAAUCAACCUCAUUUGUAAGCAUAAAAAAUAUGGGAAAAAGUUACAUGACACAUCUAGUGGUAACUUGUUGACAUGUUAUUUACCCAAGAUUGGAACAACAAAUGAAAGUUGAGUUACCUUAGUGGAACAA